GAGCUUCUUGGCUUGAGUCUUGGUCUGCUGCUUUGCCCGUCCACAUGAACGCAAGAGCCAGGAAGCGUUUCGAUUUUGGUUGCAUGAAAAGCUCAACCUCAGAUUGCUACUUUAACUAAAAACUAUUGCAACGCCGACAUAUUUUGUUGAGGCAGUUUUGGGAAAUACUACCAGGCUUCCCUUAACUGAAGCUGCAGCAGUCUACUCUCCUCAGAUCUUCCCAUCUUUUCCAUUCUUGCCCCUCAAGGAACCAGCAGUGGAAAUCUGAGAGUGGAUUCUUCCACUUGUCUGGACCGAAACAUGGGCAACCAGUUUACAGACAUUGCCCCCAACACCGCAUUCCUCCCCAACCUCCAGUCCUUGCACAUUGUUGUGAUCGGUUUGGACAACGCAGGGAAAACGUCGCUCCUUUACAGACUCAAACUGCAGGAAUUUGUUGAGACAAUCCCCACCAAAGGCUUCAAUAUGGAGCGCAUUAAAGUGGCCAUGGGGAAUUUGAAAGCCAACGCAUUAACUUUCCAGGUGUGGGAUGUUGGUGGUCAGGAGAAAUUGAGGCCUCUCUGGAAGUCAUACACUCGGAGGACUGACGGUCUCGUAUUUGUGGUGGAUGCAGCCGAGGCUGAGCGAAUGGAAGAAGCAAAAAUGGAGCUUCACCGGAUCACUCGGUCCGCUGAGAAUCAAGGUGUGCCUGUACUGGUUCUGGCAAACAAACAGGACCUGGAUUCAGCCAUGACAUCCUCAGAGGUGGAGAAACUUCUCUCCGUCCAUGAAUUGAGCUCAUCCACGCUACACUACACGCAAGGCUGCUCAGCGUUGGACGGUCAAGGCCUGCAGAUGGGCCUGGAGAAACUCUACGAGAUGAUCCUAAAGCGGAAGAAGACACUACGACAAAGCAAGAAGAAGAGAUGAGAGGUCGGUGGUUGCUAGCGGUGCUGUGAAGAUGAUGCGGAGUUCUACAGUGGAAUAUCGUCACUCAUUUGGAAAAGGAGACUGUCCGUUUGGUGAGCACCGGGUUGAGGAGUUGCUGUUCAAUUCAAGCAGAAGGUGAUGGAUGCACUCCUUGAGUCCUUUUCCUCAUCUGGCCGUUCAAGAGAUUUGCCGUUUUAUAGGGGCAGACGGAUUUGAACUUGUGCAAUAUAUGAUGAACACUCACUGACGCACUCACUCCAAUGUUGAAGGAAUUGUUACUUUUUUUUUUCUUCCCUAUUAUUGGGUCAUUUUUGUUUAUUAUUUAUGUUGCAUGUUGUCACCUAGUUGGGAGUAUUUUGUGGGGGGGAAAAAUACACUUUUGUUUGUUAAUGGAGUAAAUGUUACUUUUUAUAAGAAACUUGAAACUGAACUCUGUCCUGACAUUUUCCUCACUGAGGCGGUGGAACAGAGACUCGAAGUCAUGCACGUUAAGUUUUUUUUUUUUUUUUCUUACACUUCUGGGUGUUUUCCAGGCUUGGUUUAAUUUCUUUGCUAGAACAACUUGUUUUUAUAGCUUGUUUUGUACAAUGUCGAAAAAUGAAUAAAUUAUUGACUGACUGAA